AUGCUGGAAUACAUUCUCGGCUUCAUCAUCGCCUACAUCAUCAUGGCUCAAAGUAUCCCUCAGAAUGUAAUCCACGGCCUACAAAGCAUGCUUCCAACAUUCGGGCAAGACAACCAAAAUGGAAAAGAGCCAGAGACCGUCGAUGAAGGGAUAACGCCCAUUGACGUUGUCAUUGCUCGCAUUAUGCUCACAAAGGGCAAGAAACUUCCCCCCGACGUCGUCGACAUCAUCCUCGAUUUCGCAGAGUACUGGGCUCAUUCAAGCAACGAAAUCGACUACAAGCUGCAACAUCAACACCCCCUCACGGUCAUAGGAGGCAGCCCAUCUGAGAACAAAUUCCUUCUCCGGUCUUACCCUGUGGGUCUAACGGGUCUUCAAGGCAGACAUGCGCUGGCGGAGAUCCUAGCGUACGAUAUGACUGAAGCUAAGCCGCAGGCGCUGGAAAAGGAGCAUGAGAAGGAUUACUUUGUCAAGUUGGCGAAUUAUCCCACGCCCAAGUUGCAGUAUCCUGUGCGGAAGGUGGUUUUUACGAUUCGGAGUAAGGACCAGGGGUGGUCUAGCGAUACGGAGAAUCGACAUACGUAUAACGGGUCAUGGACCUGGUUUGAGGCAGGAUUGGAGAAAUUCGAUGCCGAGCAAAUCUGUGAUCCUCAAUGCACAUACGACGUCCGCUACAAGUCCAACACCUCCGAAGCUGUCCCCCUGCCCGUCUGCGCUUUACGUCCACUAUAUCCAGAAACCGGACCUAUUUCCGACAAGAAGCUAGGCUUUACGCAUCCUCUCCAACCACAGGACAAAUGGGUUAUUCAGCACAACAAGACGGCUCAUCGCGCUUGGCAGGAGCAUGUCGUUACUUGGAUGUGGACAGACGAUAUUAAGCCUGAGUCUGAUGCCGCUGAGAAGAUGAGAGUGGAGACUGGUCGCGGUCGGGAGACGGGUGAUGGGUCUUUUGUGAGGGACUUGAAGAUGGGAGAUGUGAUUACUAUCUGGGCCAAGGCGAGGUUUUCGGCUUGGGUUAAUCAUGUUGAGAGUGUCAAGAUUGAUGUUUAUUGGGCUGUUUAA